CAUCUCGACUUCUUCAUCUAAAAGCACGACUUGAAAUAUGGCACCACUUCUCCCCCAGAAUUACCGAUGAAAGGCCGUGCGGGCUCUUUAACCCCCUGUUUCGACGGCCCAACCAAGGUGCAUGGACAUUUUAUUUCGUACAAGCACCAAAUAGUGAGGUCAUCAACAAGCUCCUAACGUUUUUAAACGCCACCAUCCAUGGGUGUGCAAGGCCUUUGGACCGUGGCACAACCCUGCGCACGGCCGACGAAUCUCUCGACCCUCAACCGGAAGCGCCUUGCCAUCGAUGCUUCCAUUUGGAUCUACCAGUUUCUCAAAGCAGUCCGCGACAAGGAGGGCAAUGCCCUGCGAAAUAGCCAUGUCGUCGGCUUCUUCCGCCGCAUCUGCAAGCUGCUGUGGUACGGCGUAAAACCCGUCUUCGUUUUUGACGGUGGCGCUCCAGCUCUGAAACGCGCUACUUUACAGGGUCGCCGGAGAAGGCGUGAGGGUCGUCGCGAGGAUGCCACUCGAACAGCAGGAAAGCUGCUCGCCGUGCAGAUGCAGCGCAUGGCCGAGGAAGAGGAAGAGAAGCGCAAGAAACGUGCAGAUGCUGCGGCCGGAGAGGUCGAGGAAGAGCAGGAGCAGCUCCCAAGCAUGGAUCAGAUCGUGUACGCGGAUGAGCUGGGCAUGUCAAAGCAGGAACGCCAAAAGAACAGGAAAUUCCAUAAGCAGGAUGCCUAUCACCUCCCGGAACUGCAAAAUGGCAUCGAAGGCAUGGGCAAACCAAACGAUCCCCGUAUCAUGAGCAUCGAUGAGCUGGAGGAAUAUGCGAGGCAGUUCAACGACGGCGAGGACAUCAACCUCUACGACUUUAGCAAGAUCGACUUUGACGGAGAGUUCUUCAAGAGUCUGCCGCCCGCUGACCGAUACAAUAUUCUCAAUGCUGCCAGAAUCCGUAGCCGUCUCAGGAUGGGCCUGAGCAAAGACCAGCUCGACGGCAUGUUUCCGGACCGGAUGGCCUUCUCGAGGUUCCAGAUUGAGCGAGUCAGGGAGAGAAACCACCUCACGCAACGCCUAAUGUACGAGAUGGGCAUGACUGGCACCGACCUGACCAUGGCCGUCAACCGCGUCGCAGGUGACAGGACCCGCGAGUACAUCCUUGUCAAAAACGAAGGGGCCGAAGGAGGCUGGGCCCUCGGUGUCGUCAGCAAAGACAAGGAUAGAGGCCAAAUACACAAGCCCAUUGACAUUGACGCGUUGGAGUUCCAGUACCAAAAACAAAAUGAUGAGGACGAGUGGGAGGACGAAGACUUUGAGGAUGUUCCGAUUGAGGGCCUGAAUAGGCUACCUAAGAUCAGGGCUACCGAGGUCGAGGAGUCGCUUUUUGUUGAUAACGGCGAAGCCACCCUCUUUGAAAACGAGGAUGCUCUCCAAGGCGACGAGGACGAAGACCUCAGCCGCGCCAUUGCGCUAUCACUUCAGAAUCAGCACAAUGUCGGCAGAGGGGAUGACGAUGGUGAGGCCGAGGGUUUGGACGAAGAACUCGAGGAUGCACCGGCGCCUGAAUGGAAACAGAAGGCAGCCGAGGCACCAAAGCCCAUUGUCAGCACCAGCGGGCGGAUGGUGGCCCACAUCGUGAACAACCGAGCGAGCGCUGCUGUUCCCCGGCGCCGGGACAGCGGAAGCAGCGACAGUGACGUCGAUCUACAGUCCGCAUUAGCAGCCGCGAGGGCAAAGCAGCCAAGAGUACAGCCAGUUAAAAAACCAGCGCCGGCACCUGUCAAGCCUAAUAAUGUAAAGAACCCCUUCGAUGGGCCUCUUCCAUUUGAAAAGCUCAAUUGGCAAAGUGCGUUUGGCGGGAGGCUCGCCCCCUCCUCGACAGAGAAACCCAAGGAGCAUCAGAAGCCGCAAGAUGUCGAAACUGGUGAUCUCGAAGCCGUAUCUGAUGAAGAGGCUGGAGGGUUUGAGAAGGAGUCUUCAAGGGACAGGGCUGUCGCCGGGGCGGACGACAAACCACGCCCGCUGCCUCCAUGGCUCACGGACGACACCGAUAUCCGAGAAUCUGUGAGGAAGCAACAGCAGGCGUUGGAGAGGCAAAUGAAUGAAGAUGAUGAAGAAUUCGAGGAGCUGAAGUUUGGUCAAGACGACGUUAUCGAAAUCGAGUCCUCGAGCGAUGAUGGGAGCGAUAUUGAGAUCCUAGAUGCCCCGCCCCCCAUCGAAGACCCCGUUAUCAAGGAACCUGCAGUAAACCUUCUUUCACUGGAGGACGGUACUCCUCCAGAAACUAGCCAGAUUCCGGUCGAGCCCGAAAUUCUCGACACUACUAUAGGUGCGGACACAACAAGCCAAGAACCCACAGGCACCGGCGAUCAAGAAGCCCGGGAGAUGCCUGUCAAGCCCACCGUGGAUGAUCCGGAGGAUGACGAAAUGGAGUUCGAGGAUGUAAUCGUGUCCGCUGGACCAGAGCAAGCGGCUGAAGCGCCUAUUGACGACGCUCGUAUGGCCGAAGAGGCCCGCAUUGAAGCAGAGCUUUUCGGCGAAGGAACGCCUCCUCCAGCACAACAAAUAAGAACCGAAGGAUUGGCAUUGCCCCACGAGGGCUCCCCCAUAGAUCCAGACGCGCCCGGCCCUGAGGAGUUUGAGGACUUUAGUGACCCAGAGGAAGAAGAACUUCUGGCACAGAUGGCUGAGGAGGCCGAAGAACAUGCCCGGUUCGCGAGUGAGCUGAACAACAAAUCCCAGCGUGAGAACCAGCAAGCCUACGAACAAGAACUACGAGCGCUCCGUGCCCAGCAAAAGAAGGACCGGCGUGACGCAGACGAGGUUACCCAGGUUAUGGUGACUGAAUGCCAAGCUCUUCUCACCCUCUUCGGCAUCCCGUACAUCACCGCACCCAUGGAAGCGGAAGCGCAGUGCGCCGAGCUCGUCCACCUAAACCUCGUCGACGGCAUCGUGACCGACGACUCGGACACCUUCCUCUUCGGCGGCACGCGCGUCUACAAGAACAUGUUCAACGGCAACAAAUACGUGGAAUGCUACCUCGCCAAGGACCUCGAAACCGAGCUCUCCCUCUCCCGCGAGCAGCUCAUCUCCCUCGCCCAGCUCCUCGGCUCCGACUACACCGAAGGCCUACCCGGCGUAGGCCCGGUCACCGCCCUCGAGAUCCUCUCCGAGUUCCCCGGCGCGGACGGCCUCUCCGAGUUCCGCGACUGGUGGCAGGACAUCCAGAACCGCGGCCGGCCCAAGGAGGCCGACGCGGCCUCGCCCUUCCGCCGCAAGUUCCGCAAGGCCCACGCCACCAAGCUCUUCCUCCCGCCGGGCUUCCCCAACCCGGCCGUCGCCGACGCCUACCUCCAGCCGGAAGUCGACAGCAACACCGAGCCGUUCCAGUGGGGCGUCCCUGACCUCGAUGGCCUGCGCCACUUCCUGAUGACCACCAUCGGCUGGGGCCAGGAGCGCACCGAUGAGGUGCUGGUGCCCGUGAUCAGGGAUAUGAAUAAGCGGGAUGUGGAGGGCACGCAGAGCAAUAUUACUAGGUUCUUUAGUGGGAGUGUGGGGGCCGGGGCGAUGGAGGCGUUUGCGCCCAGGCAGCGCGGGGCGGGGGGGAGUAAGAGGAUGGCGGAUGCGGUUAGUCGGUUGAGGGCGAGGACUGGGGUUGGAGGGGGUUCUGGGCUGGGGGAUGUUGUUGAGAUGCCGGUUGCGCCGCCGCCGGGGCCGAAGGGCAGGAGGAAGCGUAAGGCAAGGGCGCCGGUGGCUGUUGAUGAUGAUCAGGAAGAUGGUGGUGAUGGGGUUGAGGGUGAGGACGGUGAGGAGGAGGAGGAGGAGGAGGGAGCGGGUUCUAAAGCGAAAGGGAAGAGAACGAGAGCAUCACGGUCAUUUUGGGAUGAGGCAUUGUACAUUCACAUAUCGACAACGAUGAGAACCCAAAUCACCACCGCCAUGCUGGCCAUGGUCGGUGCGGCCCACGCUGCCGUCGCACCCCUUGUUUAUUCCGCCGCCCAGAAGCUGUGUGAGGGAAAGUCGGUUGAGGAAAAGGGCAACACGUACUGCCAGAAAGUUCAACGCAUCUCGUACGAGAAUAUGGGCGUGGGCAAGGGAGGCUCGUACAACGAAGUUGUCAACAUGGACCAAAAGACUGGGAAGUGCAAAUUUCAACCCGCUACGUUCUCAGGGCCGCUAGCACCCUUUGUUGAUCCGUUGUCCCUCCACUUCCGCGGACCACUCAACUUGAAGCAGGUUGCCGUAUAUACGCUUGAACCCCCCAGCAACAAGGCAUCACAGACGCAAAGCAAGUCUACCAAAGCUACUAGGGGUAUCAAGGCGAGAGCAGCCAACAUCGGUUAUGGGCAGCACCGUGCUCCACACCUCGAACACUAUUACAACGCAUUCAUGAAGGGGUUCAACAACGGAACACACUGGAGACCUCCGAUCAACGACCACAGAAACCACACGGGCGAUAAACACAGCGAGGUGUCAGUCUCGAUGCCUACUGGUAGCAGCUCGCGGCUUGAGAUUUGGAAGUUACCUCCUACAUCGACGCUUGACUCGGCCACCAAAAAGAACAUAGAGACUGUGAUAAUUACUUCCACAGUCAUUAUGACAGUCGAUACUACCCUAACGUUGGAUAGUACUGCUGCUGCUACUACGACUAAUACCGGGGCGUCGGGCUUUGUGAUGGUGACCGUAACGGUCACUAGUCACGUUACCCGCACAUCUAGGAUCGGGGAAUAUAACGAACAGGACAGCGGAAGUAUCGGAACACCCACUCCAUCGAUGAUCACGGUUGUUUCUAACAUGGGUUCCUCCAUAAGCACCAUGCCAGCGGGAGUGGGUGGCUCGGACACGGCUUUCUCAACGACGUCGAUGGCCAAUGUUGUUUCGAGUCCCAGCAUCCUGACCAGCAUCGUCUCCAGUGCUUCGGGAACAGGGGUCGGAACACUUGUGCAGUCCUCAAAGCCCGCUAGUUUUGGGUCCAGCGCACCGGCCAGUGCUAUCUCGAGCCGUCGACGGUGCUCGAAGUCGAUAGCGCCUUCGCUGUUGACGACUGGUCUCGCUUCUACUUCCAGCUCCAGUUCCAGCCCCAACUUCAGCUCGGCACCGAGUACUAGCCCUGCCGCCCACACUAGUUCUAGCAUUGGCUCUAGCUCCAGAACGAAAUCAUACAGUGUCGUUCCCAUCAGCGGCCCAAGUUCCGUCCCCGCCCCUAUCCCGUCCAGCAGCCCCGGCGGGAGUAAAAAGAGUUCUCAGUUUGUCCGCACCGGUUACUACAACGCGGAGCAGCAAAAGGCUGAGGGCGUGAUGUUUCUCGGUAACUAUGGUGGGCAGGGAUCCGGUAAAUGGACGCCAACCUUUGGCAACACUCUCUCAUACGUCAACGCAGACGGCACUGGUGGCGCCGCAAACGCAACCACACUCAAGGACACGACCCUCCUCUCCUCGAAAGAAGUCGCCCUCUUCACCGACGAGCCCUGCGACGGCUCCUGCGGAUACGUACAGAACGGUUCAGUGGCAUACAACACCUGCAGCUGCUGGUCCACCGGCUGCGGCGAGCUCGACAUCUUCGAAGUCCUCUCCCCGGGCCACGACAAGGCCAAGACGACGGUGCGCGCGACCUACCAGGGCGGGGAUCCCAACUGGUUUGAGCGGCCCGUGGAUGCGAGCAGGCCGGUAAGGCUGGCCGUGGUAUUUGAUGGGCAGAGGGGCGCGGUGGAGAUCAUGGUGCUGGGGAGGGGGGAGGGGGAUUUUCCGGAGGUGCUUGCUGCUGGGGGGAGGGAGGGGGUGCGGGGGUUGGGGGAUGGGGAUGGUGAUGGGGGUGGUGGGGUGGGGAGUUUGUAUCGGAUGGGGGGGUGA